UUUUUGGAGCUGGGCAGCAGGUUCGCUAUGCCGCGCCGUGUUCACGCAUUCAUUCAGUGUUGGAACGCGUUCCGGUGCGGACACGGUGUGUCGAAGACGAUCGACAACGGCGAUAAACGGACGAACGAACGCGAGCUCGCGGUAGUGUGUUUUUUUUUUCGGUUUGUGUGUUGCGUUUACCUCGGGGGUGAGUGCGUGUUGCGUACCGCAAGUUGAUUCCCCUCCCCCUGGUUGGUGUUGCGUAUGUAGCGCACCUUAUACCUUGUGCUCCCUCCCCCCGCAUCGGCUCGAGACAACUUUUCCCUUCCGGUUCUUAGCUGCCCGGAGAAGCGGAAAUCGUGUGUCGCUUAAUCUGAUCGGCGGGUGUUGGAAAAGAAAAGUAAUAAAGAGCACUGAGACUGAGAGGCAACAGUUGCGGUCGUUCGGUGUGCGUAAUUUUGGGUCGCGUGACGACGGUGACGUGUGCAAGGAGAAGUAGCAGAUGACGCAUAGAAAUCAUUCGCAAUCGCUAGAAUCCGUCAUUCGACCCCGUGCGUGUGUGUACCGUUAAAGUGUGCGUUAUAAAUGGUGUGAGCUCUUACCCCGCCGGUGGGCUUUUGCUUUUGGUUGUUGCCAUUGCGAAGAGGCAGAUGCUCAAAAGCGACCCGCACGCGUCACUCCGUCGGGUGGGAAUUUAAAGUUGUGCAGUGGAAAAUUUGGCCGAAAAGGCCUACGCGUCGUAAAGUUCUUGCAAGUGGAAAGCUGAAGUGAUUGAAGAAAUACUCGAGCAUUAAAAUAGUAAAAGAAAAGGUGAAUUGUGAGCUUGUAUUUGUGCGUGACCGGGCGCGAAUGCACAAGCUCCUCUCUAGCUUCCAACGAGUACGUUGGUUUAGCUUAGUACGUGUACGUGAAGAUACGUGCGCUUCAAAUUUCACCUAAGUGUCAAUUUUAAAGGUACCGUACCUGCUUUGAUCUAGCUCGUUGCAGUGAAGCGUCUUAAAAAAAACCUCCGAAAGCUUCAUAUAUUCAAACGCCGUCUGUCGCGGAGUGUCAGUUGCAGAAUUGCCGUUUUGCCAACGCACCAAUAAGAACAGGUUCGUGUGUUGAAUCGUUACAUGUCAACUUCGGAUUCAAAUUUAACAUCCGCCAAUGAUGGAUUGAAGUUGCUGGCGAUAGGAAGUGACCGUGGCGAAUAAUUGCAAAAUAAUCGUGCAAAAUGAUGAAUUGAAAGCAAGCGAUGUACGCCUAAUGUGUCCGUGCUGCAGCAAAUGAUGGUCGGGUAAAACGAGCAGUAUCCGAAUCCAAGUGUGUGCCAUUGUUGGUGCGAUAGUGCGCACCCUUUUUUUGUUUCCUAGAACAGCACUAGCCACUACAGCGCCCCCCCCAAAUUCCCUAUAACCUUUUCAUAAUCCUCUGCACGAUCCUCUGCUCUCGCUUCCCAUUUGCUCUCCAUCGCGCAAUAGUUGUGCUGGGUGCGUGCUUUUCCCAGCUGAGUGGGUAGUGACGGGUGCGUGUGUGUGUGUGUGUGUGUGGUAAGUAAAAGAAAUCAGCCAGCGUUUAUGAGCGCGCUAAGUGUUCGCGACCGAGUAAACAACUGCCCAUCGCUACUCCGCCGCAAACGGUGUUGCUGCUGUCAGCCGUCCGUCGACCCGACCGCAGUCACCAGCUAGGACCUGCGAGGUGCACAAAAUGGCGGCACAGUCACUGCGGCCAUGCUACGCCAUCGCUAACCAGAGCCAUCGAAGGCAGCAGCAGCAAUCUGUUCACAGCCGGGCUCAACCCAGCAACAGUAUGGCGGGCGGCAGGUGGAUGCAGGUCGCCCUGGUGGCACUGGUAGUAGCGGUCGCCCUGCACCACCACGGUGUUGGCGCGUCGCCGAACGCAACCGUCGCUAAUGGAAGCGUUAAUGGGAAGCUUUCGGAGCGGCACAGUUACAACGCGAGCGCUAGCGAUGAUCUAAUUACGCCGGAUGAGAUCAACGCCGGGCUGCUCGAGUACGUUGCCGGCCCGCUGCCGCUGGCGGCGAUGGAGGCGGCCAAACCGAAGCGUGCCAAUGCGCGCCCGGCCGCCAUCUACAUGAACGAGUUCGCCGUCUACAUUCCGCGGGGCGCGGACGUUGCCGACUCCAUCGCUCACAAGUACGGAUUCAGCAACAUGGGACAGAUUGGUCCGCUAAAAGGAUACUAUCUGUUCCAUCACAAUCACGUGCGCAAACGCUCGGUAGACCGUAGCGAGGCGCAUCACAACGCCCUGAACACCGAGCCGGAGGUUCGAUGGGUCCAGCAACAGCACGAAAAGCCCCGCUUCAAGCGUGACUACAGCACGUUCGAUCAGGAUUUCGUGCGAUUUCCCGGCUUCCGGUCGCUAGUGUCCGGGACGCGCAUGGCGUACCGUGACACGAGCACCCACAACAUCUUUCCCGAUCCACUAUUCAAGGAACAGUGGUACCUGGUGAGUGCCAACGGUGGCGCCAAGGAUGGACCGGACAUGAACGUUGGACCGGCCUGGCAGAAGGGUUACACGGGCAAGGGCGUCGUCGUGUCCAUCCUGGACGACGGCAUCCAGCGCAACCAUCCGGAUCUGGCUCUCAACUACGACCCGGCCGCAUCGUACGACAUUAACGGCAACGACUCGGACCCGAUGCCGCGCGAUAACGGUGACAACAAGCAUGGCACGCGGUGCGCCGGGGAGGUAGCGGCCGUCGCCUUCAACCAGUACUGUGGGGUCGGCGUGGCGUACAACGCAAGCAUUGGUGGCGUCCGGAUGCUGGACGGCACGGUAAACGAUGCGGUGGAAGCGAAGGCACUCGGCCUCUAUCCGGACCACAUCGAUAUCUACAGCGCGUCUUGGGGCCCGGAAGACGACGGCUCGACGGUGGAUGGGCCGGGCCCGCUGGCACGCCGUGCCUUCAUCUUCGGUGUGACGAGCGGCCGGCAGGGCAAGGGUUCGAUCUUCAUCUGGGCGUCCGGUAACGGGGGCCGCUACACCGACAGCUGCAACUGCGACGGCUACACCAACUCCAUCUUUACCCUCUCGAUCUCGAGCGCCACCCAGGGCGGCUACAAGCCCUGGUAUCUGGAGGAGUGCUCGUCUACUCUAGCGACCACCUACAGCUCGGGCACGCCCGGGCACGACAAGAGCGUCGCGACCGUCGACAUGGACGGUUCGCUGCGCCCGGAUCGCAUCUGCACGGUGGAGCACACGGGCACGUCGGCCUCGGCCCCGCUGGCGGCCGGUAUAGCGGCGCUGGCGCUCGAAGCCAACCCGGCCCUGACCUGGCGCGACAUGCAGUAUCUGGUGGUGCUGACGUCACGGUCCGAUCCGCUCGAGAAGGAGCCGGGCUGGAUACUGAACGGCGUGAAGCGCAAGGUGAGCCACAAGUUCGGCUACGGCCUGAUGGAUGCCGGCGCGAUGGUCAGCCUGGCGGAGCAGUGGACGACCGUGCCGUCGCAGCACAUCUGCAAGUCGCGCGAAAUCAACGAGGACCGACCGAUCGAGGUGUCCGUCGGCUACACGCUCCAGACGCACAUGGACGUGAACGGAUGCGCCGGCACGGUGAACGAGGUGCGCUUCCUCGAGCACGUGCAGUGCAAGAUCACGCUGCGGUUCUUCCCGCGCGGCAACCUGCGCAUCCUGCUGACCUCGCCGAUGGGCACGACCUCUACGCUGCUGUUCGAGCGGCCGCGCGACAUCACCAAGUCCAACUUCGACGACUGGCCGUUCCUGAGCGUGCACUUCUGGGGCGAGCGGGCCGAGGGCCGCUGGACGCUGCAGAUCCUGAACGGGGGGCCGCGCCGCGUCAGCCAGCCCGGCAUCCUAUCCAAGUGGCAGCUCAUCUUCUACGGCACCCAGACGAACCCGAUCCGGCUCAAGUCGGAGGGCACGCGGACGGCCGGUGCGGCCGGCUACUCCGGCCUCAAUCCGUUCGUGUUUCCCACGGAAACCGAUCUGAACCAGCAGGCGGGUGCGCUUGGUGGGGCCGGCGCCGGCUACUACCAGUCGGCCGACCUCUACAGCAACUUCAUGAACUACCCGAACCUGUUCAGCGGGGCGGGCAGCGGCAUCGACAAGACGGUGGCCACGCUCAACGGGCACAACAUACCGACGGCUCAGCGCGAGAACGUGAUGGCCGACUCGAACAACAAGCUGGUGGUGCUGCACGACUGCGACCCCGAGUGCGACCAGCAGGGCUGCUACGGCAAGGGCCCGACGCAGUGCGUUGCCUGCAAACAUUACCGGCUGGACAAUACCUGCGUCAGCCGGUGUCCCCCGAGGAGCUUCCCGAACCAGGGCGGCGUCUGCUGGCCGUGCCACGAGUCGUGCGAAACGUGUGCCGGCGCCGGCCAGGACAGCUGCCUGACGUGUGCGCCCGCCCACCUGUACGUUACCGAUCUGGCCGUCUGUCUGCAGGUCUGCCCGGAGGGCUACUACGAAAACUACGAUAAUCGAACGUGUGUGCCGUGCGAGGCCAACUGUGCCUCCUGCCAGGAUCGGCCCGAUUACUGUACGAGCUGUGAUCAUCAUUUAGUUAUGCAUGAGCACCGCUGUUACGCCGCCUGCCCGAAGAACACCUACGAAACGGAGGAUUACAACUGCGCCGAUUGCCAUCCGUCCUGUGCCACCUGCAACGGGUCGUCGGAGAGCCAGUGCAUCCUGUGCCGGGCCGGCCGGUUCGCGCACGAGGGCCGCUGCCUGAACGCGUGCCCGGACGGUUACUACGGCGACAAGAAGCGGCACGAGUGCAUCGCCUGCCCGCACGGAUGCGCCACCUGCGGCAAUGGAGCGGUCUGCAUCACCUGCCACGACAACUGGACCAUGAACCGGAAAGGGAAAUGCAUCGCCAACGGCAACAACAACUGCGACGAAUCGGAAUACUUUGAAAACGGCCACUGCCACCCGUGCCACUCGACGUGCGAAACCUGUACCGGGCCGACGGAGAACGAGUGCCUGACCUGCGCCUCGAACCUGCUGCUCCAGGGCGCGCGGUGCGUGAACGUGUGCGACGAGGGCUACUACAUGGAGGUGGGCGUCUGUGCCAAGUGUCUGCACACCUGCACCCAGUGCGUGUCGCGCAUGAACUGUACCGCCUGCAUGAAGGGUUUGCAGCUGCAGAGCGGCGAAUGCCGCACCACGUGUGCCGAUGGCUACUACAGCGAUCGUGGCACCUGUGCGAAAUGCUAUCUGAGCUGCCACACGUGCAGUGGGCCGCGCCGGAACCAGUGCGUCCAGUGCCCGGAGGGAUGGCAGCUGGCCGGUGGUGAAUGUUUCCCCGAGUGUCCGGAAGGGUUCUUCAAGACGAAGUUCGGCUGCCAGCGCUGCCACCAUUACUGCAAGACUUGCAACGGAGCUGGCCCGCUGGCCUGUACGACCUGUCCCGCGCACAGCAUGCUGCAGAACGGGCUGUGCAUCGACUGUCUCGCCUCGCAGUACUACGAUCCGCCGACGCAGACAUGCAAAACGUGCCACGAGUCGUGCCGGACGUGCAGCGGCCCCGGACAGUUCUCCUGCCUCACCUGUCCCUUCCCGCUGCACCUAGACCGACUCAACCAUCAAUGUGUGCCUUGCUGUGCGGCGGACGCAUCGCCCGACGAUCAAAGCUGCUGCCACUGCGACAAAGCGACCGGUGGCUGUAUUAACGCAUCGCCCGCCGGCAAGCGACGCAUCGGUGCCGAGCAACAGUUGCUGCAGUUCGGCGAGGAGAGCGGUGCACCGGCCAUACCCGGCGAUGGCGGGGCAACGAUGCCCGGUCAGGCGGCGGGCCGGGCCUGGCAGCAGUUCCUAACUAGCACGUCCACGCCGACGCUGAUGGUGGUCGCCGUGUCCGGCUGCCUGCUAAUUGUUACCCUGUUUGUAGUGAUAUUUACCGUUUUACAGAAGCGUAGCCAAACGAUGUACACUGGAAUAAAGUAUAAUAAAUUAGGCAAGAAAGCGGCGUCGGGCCGAACCACCAGGAUAUCGAUACCGGCCGAUGGCGAUGAUUUACUGGAACCAAUUGUAAAUAACGAUGAGGAUGAGGAGGAGGAGGAGCAGAACGGCGACGACGACGACGACGAUGAUGAGGAUGAGUCUGGCCAAUCGGGCGCGGAUGGUGGGGAGGAAGAAAGGCACCAACGACGUGGUGGAGGACGUGGCGCUCGCUUUGACAGCCGGAGGUCAACCGCAGCGAUGGCGACCGCCGCCCGAGGGAAGCGGACGUUCCGGUAUGCGCCCACCGCCCACCGGACCUAGGCUGUUACGCGUGGCUGGAUGGAUUUGGAAGCGAAAUGAACACAAUUUUACAUCCCUCCAUCCCCAUUCCUCCUCAAACAAACGGUCCCCUUCCCUACCGUUCUCCUUCUGCACUUUCAUCUUCAACCAGCAACCAGCGACCCCCCCUUGUAUCAUCCAUUCAAAUGAUAAUGGCCCUAACAAGGAGUGUGCGUGUGUUUGUGUGUGUGGCAUAGAGAAGCGUGUGUGAGCAAUGUUGGCAUGUGUGUCGCGAAAAUGUUUGCCUGUGUGUGUGUGUGUGUGUGCGUGUAUGAUGAAUACGUUUUUGAGUGUGCAUGUGAUUAUGGAAAAUUGGUCACCGGGAAAAAAACGGACAUUUAAUCAAGCGAAAGCCAACCAAAAACCCGCGCAGCGGAAAACCGCGGCAAACGGCUGGAUCGGCAGGGCUUACCACUGACGGCUGACAGGUGAGGGAACGAACGGAGUGUCGGGGGUGCGUAGUCGCCAUUCAUCAUUAGUUGCAUUGCAGCGCGGUUGCGUGGAAACGGCCGUUCCCUUUCCACCGUGUGACUGAUGCGGGAAAGCUGAAAUUUUAUCUUUUUUUUUUUCGUUAGCACUUUGAUCCUAGGUUGCAUGAAAACAAAAGGGAGGAGGUGUUUCGGGGGGUUUAAGAUACGUGAGAGGGAAAUGGAAUUUAACGCAAAGGUGGUCCUGCGGUGGCUUUCCCGCUCUUUACCAUGGUUCCUUGCAUUUUCAGCAGCAAACGGGCGUGAUUUUAAGCGAAUUUUCUGCCCUUUUUUGUUUGGUUUGGACUUACUUUGUGCUUUCGCUUUCUGUUCUGUUUGAACACUAUUACUAUACUUUCUUUAUUUGUACAAUAGAAUGGCCUUUUACAUCCAUUUUCCCCCUGUUUUAUUUUCUUUCCUUUUUUUUUAUUCAUUUUUACAUAAUGUUUCGUAUCUUAUUUUUUUCUUUUCUUACUCUUACAUCCUUAUCCUUCAUAUUAUCUCUUAUUUCAUUGGAAUGUCUUAUCCAUUGUUUCUCAUUCUCUCUUGACAAUUCUCUUUCGUUUUACUAUUUUCUUUACACUUUUCUACGUUUCUACAUUACAUUUCUCUAUCUAUUCCACAAUUAAGACAUUGUUUUUUAUCUUAUUUUUUUAUCAAUCCCUACCAAGUUCCAACCCUUUUCCACCCAUUUUUCAACCGCCUAAUAUUUUCUGAACGCGUUUAAUUAAUUUUGUACGAAUGUGCGCGUGACUAUGUAUGCCACCAAUGGUUAACAGCAUGUGAGCGUGAAUGUGAAUCUGGUGUUGUCCGUGAGUAGGAAACGAAAUCAAAAAUCCCUUUCAAUUCAAGCGCACAAACGCAAACACAUCAUGUGUGUGUGUGUGGAUUGGUACAUGAAAAUGCAACUAAAGUGCGGAGACAGAAACGAAAGAAGUUAGGGAAUAUUAUAUAUAUAUACAGAUAUAUACAACUAAACUUAAAUAGAUAUAUAUUGAACUAUACAUAUUUUUUAUUUUGAAAAAGUGCGUCCCACGAAGGACAGGAGGGACACCGUUGGCAGCGGGAGUUCAGUGGAAAUGCUUAAAACGGGAAAGGGGAAAAGGAACAUGAGCAGUCGCGUCGAGAGAGUGGAAGAGAAAAGUGUUUCGCAAAGUGUUGCUAGCAGGUGACCCGGCGGAAAGGAAGUGGAAGAGGCAAACAAAAAAGAAACUCUUUUUAAAACACGAACCAUCCCCAUCCCCGCUCCAUCCUGCAUCUUUGCAGCGUUGUGGCACGUUGUGUACAGGAAGCCCCAUUCAGCAGCCCCGGUUAGCGGCGGCAUAAGCGACGGUGUAGCAAAGCAAGGGCCAAGGAACAAAAGUUCUUGGAGUUUAAAAGGAAAACGAGGCGAGAGGAAUGGGUAGCAUUUUCCACUGGGAGUUGAUGAAAAGUGGAGGAGGCAGGGGUAUAACAUGCAUCGUUGAAACAACGUGAAAAACACUCGCAUUAAAAACACAAACACACACACACAGCAGCCACAUUGAAGAAACCGAACGUGAAACGAUUGUGUCCGGUACGUUUUUCGGGGGGAAGGGGUAAAGCCAAACCGAAACUGUUGCAUGGGGAGGGGGGCAGAAGGUGCGACAUGCAAGAAUGUAAAUUAGAAAACAAAAACAACAACAAAUGUGGAAGGAAAAGAAAACAGGGGUGAUAUGGUGUUAAGCUAGAUAAAUUUAAUUAUGUUUUUAAGUUAAGCAGAUAAAUAAACGUAAAGAAAAACAAA